UGACACGUUAUUCCGGAUAAAGGCUAAAUUUUUGUUUGAGAAAGUCUCGUUUUGUCUUAUUUUUAUAUUUGAAGACUGGAUAAUGUCACUGUUUUUUUUUUAUUUUCAAUUGAAAAUGUUGGUUAGUUAACUAAAAUUCUCCAAAAUAAGUGCACGUUGUAAUAAGUUAAUAUAGAUACCACAUUCUCAAGUGAAUGCAUUUUGAGGAAAGAUGUUGAUGGAAUACAUAGUUUGGACAACUGCUGUCUUUAUUUUAGUUGCAUAUUUACAGUGGUAUUUCAAGCGGAGAACUCGGCUUGCUCCGCUCACUAAGUUUCCUGGAGAUAAGCCGGUUUUUCUUAUUGGAAAUAUAAAAUGGGUCAUCAAACUGUACGCGUCAAAAAGUCUGAAGCAUCACCCUGGAGUAUACAUCCUGGAAAGAAUAUUAGGAGUUUGCUACCUAUUUCAAAAGACAGGAAUGCAUCUUUUCUGGUUUGGCGUCACGCCAAUAGUCAGUGUAUUUCGAGCAGAAAUCGUGGAGAUGAUUUUAAGCAGCACAGUUUCUUUGGAGAAAUCAUUUGAAUACCGAUUUCUACAUCAGUGGCUUGGAAAAGGUUUGCUAACAAGCACAGGCUCAAAAUGGAAAAUGAGACGAAAGCUACUCACUCCUUCCUUUCAUUUUCGAAUCUUGGACAACUUCUUGCCAGUUUUCCACGAACAGUCGAUGAUUUUGGUGAGGAAAAUACAUUCCAUGAACAAUCAUGAGUGUGUCGACGUUGCUCCUCUGAUAGUCCUCUGUACUUUGGAUGCUGUCUGUGAAACUAUAAUGGGAUUUCAUAUUGGUGCCCAAGAUGGAAGCAAUUCGGAAUAUGUACAAGCAAUUCAUAAUUUAAGUCAUCUUUUUAAUCAGAGAGCUGUUCAACCUUGGCUGUGGACAGAUUUCCUGUACAGUUUGACAAAAACAGGGAAAGGAUUUGCAAAAGAUCUUAAAGUACUGCACGAUUUCACGGACAAGGUUAUCAAAGAAAAGAAGGCAAAAUUACUAAGUAAAAGAGAGAGUCAGUCAUCGAAAUCCAACAAAGACAAUGAGUUUUAUAGCAAAGAACGAAAAACUUUUAUGGAUCUCUUAUUAGAUUUACAUAUUGAAGGAGAACAUUUAGGUGAAUCGGAUAUACGGGAAGAAGUGGACACAUUUAUGUUUGAGGGACAUGACACGACAGCAGUCGGUAUCACUUUUGCAUUGUACUGCAUAGGCCUUUACCCUGACGUCCGAAAGAAUAUUGAGCUUGAGCUUGAAGAAAUCUUUCAAGGUGAUAAAGAGCGACCGGCCAGUUACGAUGAUCUGCGCAACAUGAAGUAUUUGGAAUGUGUUCUGAAGGAGAGCCAGAGAUUAUAUCCUUCUGUCCCUUUAAUAGGAAGAAAAUUGGAUGAAGAUAUAACUUUUGAGGGGCUAACGGUUCCUCGAGGCACCAUGGUACAUCUAAAUAUCAUCGCUCUGCACAGAAAUCCAAGCGUUUUCCCAAAGCCAGAAAUUUUUGAUCCAGAGAGAUUUUUGCCUGAAAAUGCCCUCAAUCGACAUCCAUACGCAUACAUUCCUUUUUCAGCAGGACCAAGGAACUGCAUAGGACAGAAAUUUGCCAUGCUUGAAGAAAAGAUAAUUAUAAGUAAUAUUCUUAGAAACUUCUCUGUGGUUUCUUUGGAUCAAAGAGACCACUUCUACACAAAAGUUGAGUUCACUUUAAGACCUGCUCAACCGGUUCGACUAAAAUUCCUUCCGAAAAAAUUUGAAGAUAUAGUAUGAAAUUGAAGACAAUUAAUUCAAUGAAAUGAUAUCAAAACAUUAUAUACCGAUUGAGUGAACAGUUA